AUCUGCGAUGGGUUUGGGGAUUAGGGUUUUCGGAGGCUGUGAUGAUACCUGGUUGGUUUUUGCUAAAUUAUGGGCUAAUGGAUCGGGCAGAGGAAAUAAUUCGACCCGUAUCUUGGCGGGGCAGGCCGGACGGCGUUGUGGCUUGGUCGCAUCGCAACCGCUCCCAAAUCCAUACCACAAACCAUCUUCCUGCACGAAAAUGAACAAGCUCUCCACCCUCAACUCAUUCUUGUUUUUCCUUCUACUCCUAAUAACGGUAUCUUACCCGACCAAUGGCUCGAAAACCGAAACCAUUGCCAAUCCCAAUCCCGAACUCGUUAAGCUCCCGUUUGUCAUCAUAGUCACCGAUGACGUCAUCCGCAAAAUUUUCCAUAUAAUU